ACCCACGGUGCUCCUGUAUAACACACCCUGGAGCAGAGGUAUAAAACGGGCGACUUCACGGUGCGAACUGUGGUGUCCUACUUGCCCCCUGGCUGACAAAAAGAGCGUUCACCCACACCACAGACUCGCACAGGCCAAAUGGUUGCCGGGUUGCUUUGUGGGGUUCCAACCCCUAGAGCCAAGCUGUGAGCACUGCGGGGAACCUCCUGAGAAGACACUGCUGCCGCAAUAGCAGUUUUCAUUGGCAGGACAUCUGGGGAAGAAGCCUAAAUAAAUAUCGGUUCUACCUCUUGCCGGAGCUGGCCGCAGAGCAGGUCUGCCUAGACGCGGCCCCCGUGAGGCAAGCGCUGCUGACGGCAGCCGUGGCCCAGCCAAAGUGCACAGAGGAUUUUCAAGGAAGAGGAGACAACAGCCACAUCCCGGCCACAAUCGGGCUGCUCACCGCGCUAAGAGCACCAGACCAGCCGCUCGUACGGACGGAGCCAUGCCCGGGCCCGGACCCGGACCCGCCCCGCGGCAGGCGAGGGCGAAGCCACUCGAGGGCGCGCCCUCCGUGGGCGGGAAGGCAGCGAGGACUCCUCCUCCUGCCCGGAGCGUCGGCGUGCCAUGGGGCUGGGAGCGGGCCGGGCGGCUUAGCCCCGCUGCGGCCGGGAGCCAUGCCCGCGGGGAACGGCACGGGCACCUCCAGCCGCCCGGAGCCCGCUCCCGAGCAGGCGGUGCCGGGCGAGCGGCCCCUCUUCAGCGCCGGCACCUACGAGCUGCUGGCGCUGCUGGUCGCCACCAUCGGCAUGCUGGGCUUGUGCAACAACUUGCUGGUGCUGGUGCUCUACUACAAGUUCAAGCGGCUCCGCACGCCCACCAACCUCUUCCUCGUCAACAUCAGCCUCAGCGAUCUGCUGGUGUCCGUCUUCGGCGUGAGCCUUACCUUCAUGUCCUGCCUGAGGAGCCGCUGGGUGUGGGACGCCGCCGGCUGCGUCUGGGACGGCUUCAGCAGCAGCCUCUUCGGAAUUGUUUCAAUUAUGACUCUUACUGCUCUCGCCUAUGAACGCUACAUUCGGGUGGUCCAUGCGAAGGUGAUUGACUUCUCUUGGUCUUGGCGGGCUAUCACAUACAUCUGGCUGUACUCACUGGCCUGGACUGGAGCACCUCUUUUGGGCUGGAACAGAUACACACUGGAAAUUCAUGGAUUAGGUUGCUCAGUGGACUGGAAGUCAAAAGACCCCAAUGAUACCUCCUUUGUGCUCCUUUUUUUCCUUGGCUGUCUGGUAGCACCUGUUGGGAUCAUGGCCUACUGCUAUGGCCAUAUUCUGCAUGCAGUAAGAAUGCUUCGUUGUGUAGAAGAUUUCCAGACAGUUCAGGUGAUCAAACUUCUAAGAUAUGAAAAGAAGGUGGCUAAAAUGUGUUUCUUGAUGAUCUCCACGUUCCUUAUUUGUUGGAUGCCCUAUGCAGUGGUGUCCCUCUUGAUUACAUAUGGCUAUAGCAACCUUGUAACUCCAACAGUAGCUAUCAUCCCAUCUUUUUUUGCCAAGUCAAGCACUGCUUAUAAUCCAGUUAUCUAUAUCUUCAUGAGUAGAAAGUUUCGACGCUGCCUUUUGCAACUCCUGUGCUUUCGCCUGAUGAGAUUCCAGAGGACAAUGAAAGAGACACCAGCAACAGGGAGCGACAAACCAAUACGACCAAUAGUUAUGUCUCAGAAAGCAGGGGACAGGCCAAAGAAGAAAGUGACUUUCAGCUCUUCCUCUGUCAUUUUUAUUAUCACCAGUGAUGACACUGAGCAAAUAGAUGACAGCAGUAAAUACAAUGAGGCAAAAGUCAAUGUCAUCCAAGUAAAGCCAUUGCAGGGAUGAGUUGAAAAGACAUGAGAAUGAGAUGGAUUUCAGCUGCUGGACUGUUGAGGCUGGAGACUGGUUUCAAUGGCAGUGCCUGUGGGCUGCCAAAGGAAACCACAUUCUUAAGCUGUGAAAUACUGAAGGGGUUCAGCAUCUGAAGCUCUCCAAGUAGUUCACUUUUGGUCACAGUAUGGAAAUCUCUUCUAGAAUUGUUGAUGGAUGUCAUUACUCUGAAUUUUCUUAAAGCAUGUUUUAUGAUUGCUGUUCAGAACUUUUGGUAUUUUAAUGUUUUCUGUAUAUUCAGCCUUCAGUGAAUAAUUAAAUGGAUCUUAUUUAUAUAA